AAAGAGGUUUUUUAGUUUGUAAAUAACACCGCAGCAAAACAACACAACUCGAGCUGCAGGUUUUUAAGGUUUUUAAUGUUUAAUUAUAAAGUUUUAUUUAACUGAGGCAAUUGACUGUCUUGUCUUCCAUUAAUAUAGCAUCAAAAGUUCCUGUUUUACGACAAAGAGGAAUUUCUGAGAGAAUCAUCAUGGACUUCACUGCAGAGAAUGUGGAGGCUGCAGUGCAACAAUUUUACAUGACUAGCAGCACUUUACAAGCUCACACUCAUCAGUGGCUAGUAGCUGCUCGAACCUCUAAGGAGGCCUGGUCCUUUGUUUGGGCUCUCUUAGCCCCUGAAAAAGCUGCUGAGGUGCAGUUCUUUGGAGCGUCCACACUCGAAGCCAAAAUUUCCAAGUUUUGGGCUGAAGUACCUGCUGGUGAAAUCGAGGGGUUGAAGAAAAGAUUAUUGGAAGCUCUGUUGUUGCACCAAUCUAACAAGUUAAUACUCGGCCGACUUUGCGUCUCGAUGGCAUUAUGUGCUCUUCAAACUAUGCCUUCGAUAUGGCCUGAUCCAGUUUCGGACAUUCUGAUCACCUUUCAACCAGCAAACAUACCAAAUAUACCUUCGGAAAACUUAGCAGCCAUCGCUCUGGAAAUACUCUCAGUUCUUCCAGAAGAAUUCCAAACCAUGCAUAUUGCCCAAGGCCGCAAGGGUGAAGUAAGGUGCAUAAUGCAAAAAAGCAUUCCGAAAGUUCUGUGCACCGUUGAAGAUUGCUUAUUAUCCAAAACUCUUUGUCUCAGAGCAGUGAAUUGCUUUAAAUCGUGGGUUCAGUUUGGCAUCCAGUUGUCAGAAACAGAGAAAAUAACUGAUUACAUCUACCAAAUUGCGGAGAGAAACUUGUUCAGUGACGCAGAACUCACAGAAGGUGCUGUUGAUGCCCUUCUGGCCGUGAGCACACACCCAGAAAGUGGCAAAUAUCCAACGUCGCUUCUUAAAAUGACUGAAAAAUGGCUCAGACUUCACCAGUUGAUGCGACAGAGUGCAGAAAGAGAUCCAGAUGUGGAGGGAUUUGUCUAUCGACUGCUUGUGAUGGUGGCGGAGAGUCAUUCGGGUCUGGUUUUGAAGGCGCUCUUGCCACCCGAGUUAGGAGGACUCGCUAUCGAACAAGGUUGCAGAGAUGCUGCCGUGCACCUGGUCAAAGUUGCCUUGGAUUGCAGUGCGACCCCUGGCUAUUUUCCUAUCCAUGAAACUAGCAGCGAAAUGUCAUUCAGCUUCUGGUAUUUGUUGCAAGACAACAUGACAAACUUGGCCACUGAUGCUUAUCCUGUCAUUAAAAUGGAACUUCAGCCUGUAUACUCCAGUCUGACUGAAGCCUUGUUGAACAAAUCCGUAUUGCCAGAAGACUUGGACUCUUGGAGUGCUGAAGACCAAGAGAGAUUCCGUUGUUAUCGGCAAGACGUUGCAGACACAAUGAUGUAUUGUUACAAUGUACUUGAGGAAAGUAUGCUUAACCUGCUGCAUUGCCACCUUGGUCAGGCGUUCGAAAAAUGCAUUGCGGACAAAGCACAAUGGCGGCAUUUGGAGGCUUGCUUGCAUGCAUUUUACUCUGUAUCAGAGGCAGUGAAUUACGACGAAGAACAUUAUCUACCCCAAUUGUUCAAUACACUCCAUCGAAUCCCAUCCGGUUGCCACCACAAACUCAUAUCAUCUGCACUUGAUCUCAUAGGUGCUUAUGCCGAGUGGAUUAACAAACACAGUGAUGUACUAAACCAAGUUGUGCCAAUCUUGGUCACAGGAUUGAAAGCACAGGAAUAUGCAACGUCGGCAACCAUGGCUCUGAAAGACCUAACCAGAGAUUGCCAGGUCAGCAUGCAGCCAUUUGCCGAAUUAAUCCUACAUGCAGGCAAGGAGGCUCUCGAUUCCGGACGUCUGUUGCAUAACGAGAGUAUCCGCUUAAUGUACCCCUUGGGAAAAGUUCUCUCUUGCCUUCCAACUCCCAGCGUCAUUCAACAUUUGCAGCAAAUUUUCAUACCGUACUUGGAAGAACUGCGGCUAAUGCUCCAAGACCAACAGGCUCCUCCCGACGUUAAAAUGAAAAUAAUUCUACGCAUCAAAAUGUUCUCCAUGCUGUUCGCUACUUUGGAGCCAAGACAGGAAGACUCUCUUGGCGGUGGGGAACAGCCUGUCGUUCUUGUGAUGCAAAUGCUCCUGCCAGUAUUUGAAAGAGUGACUGUGUUAUGGGGACAAGAUCCUACUGUUAUUGAAGCGAUGUGUUCGGCCAUAAAAUAUUCGGUUCAAAACUUGUUGGAUGGUUGCCGACCACUUUUACCAGCCAUGUUAAAUUUGCUGCUGCAGAUGUUCAAACAAAAUCCUCAACCCUCUGCACUUGACCUUGCUCAGCAGUUCCUCAUUUUAUUCUCCAAUGACGAACGUCACUUAAUGCAAACUCUGCUUGCUGAAAUGGUUGGUCUCAGUCUCCAUAUUUGCUCGAGCAAUGUUGCCGAGCACACAGACCUAGUUGAGUCUUUGAUGCACGUGCUAGCCCAAGUGCUCAAGAAGUCUCCUCAAUUGUUCCUCAACCCACAGCUUGAUCUGGGGCUCCUGUUCCAUUUUGCUAUAUUAUCUCUCGGAAUGGCUGAGAGCUCUACAGUCAAAGCAGCUAUCUCCUUCCUGAGCUGCUUUAUUGGUCAAAGCAGAGAGAUGGAGCCGUUGCAGGUGGUCGUUCAUACCCAGGGGGAAGAGCUUGUGAGGAAAAUAUUAGCCUGCAUUGGGGGAGAAAGUUCUCGAACGAUAUCGGAGCUUAUGUCAGACCUGCUGCUGGCUUUGAAUAAAAAGUAUUUUGACUAUCAGACACGAUGGCUUCAAAAUCUCAUGGCAGUUGAUGGUUUCCCUUCAAUCAAAGUGAGCCCAGAGGUGAAACAGAGUUUCGUCAAAAACAUACUUAAAGAACGAGCUAACAAAAGAAAGAUGCAAGAAAACGUUAGAGAAUUCAGCCUGGCCUGCAGAGGAAUGAUUGGAAGUGAAUAUGCACAAGUCUCACCGUAUUUUUAAUUUUUGCGACGAAGUCGCUGUGACCAAUCGUAGCGCAAACCAAAUAAAGACUAAUUUAUUAGGAGCUAUAGAGCUAUUACUUUUCUCUGGAAGGUAUAUGACUUGGCUGUGGAAAUAUUGUGGAAUCUGCAUCUUUAAUAUACUCUCUCCAGCGUUCUUUCAUUUGAUAAUUAUUCUGACGUUGAAUGUAAUGUGCAGAACAUGUUCAUUUUAUUAAAUCAUAAGAGAAAAUUCAUUAUUAGGCAAGUUGAAUGUAAUAAAUUUCACAUGAAGUUUCAAACUUAAUUUUGUU